CACUUGACGGGCAAACCGUCAAAUUGCCCGAUGGGUCUUGUAGCAAAAUCACCAUGGUGGUGCCCGAUGGCUUGAGCUUCGACCCUGGCAGACGUACGAUAUCAUAGUGUUCCCAUAGCAGGCUUGUCUUCCACACGAUAUAUCACUGUAACACGGGUCACACCAUAGUAACUUGCGAUGUCUAAUUCGGAGACCUUCAGUGAGCCCCUUUCCAUUUACUGGUCAAAGCCUGUUACACGCACGUUGAUUGAACUUUAUCGACAAAAUCCAUGUUUAUGGAAUGUGAAACUGAAGAGUUACAAAAACAGAGACAAGCGCAUUACAUCACUGAAGGCCAUUGCUGCUGAGAUACGGGAACAAGGUGCUGCAGUUACGACAGAGGACAUAAAAAAGAAAAUAGACACGCUACGAAACCAGUUUAGGCGUGAAUUUAAGAAAAUGAAGGAUUCACAAAGGUCAGGAGCUGGGACUGACAAUCUUUAUUCCCCAAAAUUAUGGUGUUACGAUGACCUGGCAUUCCUCACUGAUAGUGAUACAAUAAGACCAUCAGUUUCAAAUAUGGACAGAAGCCACAGUACCGAGGAUGGACACAAAACGUCUGGAGAUACAUCUGAUAGUGAGAUCUUUAUCGAUCCGGUAAUUUGUGUUAUUGAUGAUGCUCAGCCUACACCUGGGACUUCUGAUAUCCCAACUGGUGAACCUGCGGAAUCAGACACGCUUGGGCCUGGACCGUCACAUCGAAGACCCGCAAAAAAACAAAAAAAAGAGUAUCGACGAGACCCAACUCCUGCAAGAGGCGUAUAACGAGCUAAAGUCGUUGUCCCAAGGUGAAAAUACUUUCUCCGCUUUUGGAACUGUCGUCUCUAAUAAUUUAAAUGAAAUGAAUGGUGAAAACCAGAUAUAUGCUCAAAAACUAAUGAAUGAAAUUAUUUUUCUCGGCCGACUUGGAAGGCUUUCUUCAUCUACAAUGAUUGUUGAAUAAUUUGCUCAUAAAUAAUUAUCAUGUUACCAUGAUGGAACAAAUGUCCGUAAAUAUCUACAUACCAUAUAUAUUGAUUAUAUAUAGGCUUCAUAAUAAUGUCAUUAAGUUAUGUUG